AUGGGUAACUCGACUUCCAAAAAGCGACUAUCGGGUCUGCCCUAUAGGGGCGUUGACAUUUCUGAUCAGGAAAAAUGGAAAGACAAAAAAGAGAAUGGGCAAGGUUCUAGUGCGAGUCAAGCGAAUUCGUCGCCUGGUGAUUCUUUGACCGUUGACACAGAUAAAAACAAUCUCACAAACAAUAAUACAUUGAAUUCCGAGGAUAGUUCACCGACUUCUCCCUCUUCACCCACCUCCCCAAUGGAAUCGAUUCUCCGGCGACCAAGCGGAGCUACCGACUCUAGUAGUAAUGGUGCGGAAGGCUUGAGUCCUAACGGCCCCACUUUUCACGGAAACAACACAGUUAAUAUACCCACUAAUGAUCGUACAAAAACCUUUGACAUUGAUGAUAUGAUACAGCGCCUUAUUGUUGUGGGUUAUUCCAGUAAAGUUUCGAAAUCAGUCUGCCUGAAAAAUGCUGAAAUGAGUGCUAUCUGUCAAGCUGCACGGGAGGUAUUUUUAUCACAACCAACACUUAUCGAGUUGUCGCCACCUGUUAAGAUCGUAGGUGACGUGCAUGGCCAAUAUACCGACCUCAUUCGACUAUUUGACAUUCUUUCUUCUAUGGACGAAAUUCGAGGAAUUCAUCGUCCCACCGAUGUGCCCGACUAUGGACUUCUGAAUGACCUCUUGUGGUCCGAUCCCUCGGAUACGGCGGUUGAUUGGGAGGACAAUGAAAGAGGUGUUAGCUAUUGUUUCGGGAAAGCUAUUAUCCAUGAAUUUUUGCAACGAUAUGAUUUCGAUCUGGUGUGCCGCGCGCAUAUGGUCGUAGAGGAUGGUUACGAAUUUUUCAACGAGAGGACUCUGGUGACCGUGUUUUCCGCGCCGAAUUAUUGCGGUGAAUUUGACAAUUUCGGAGCCGUGAUGAGUGUAAACGAGGAACUUUUAUGCAGCUUUGAAUUGCUCAAACCUGAAGUGAAACAACAGGGAAAACAAAAGAGGCGACCAAGUGAGACUAUACCAAUGAGCAUCCUGAAGGGUGCGCUGGAAAGGCUUCUAGCUGAGGCACAAUCAUCGAAACAAAAAGAACUAGAACAGGUUUGUUCUACUACUUUAGAACAACUUCAACAAGAAAUAAAUUAUCUCCUGAAGAGAGCGGCCAUAAAGAGGGGUAAGCAAAAAGCAAACUUGGAGGAUACCGUUAACGAGACUCCAAAAAAUGAAGCAAACGAUGUAGACGUUAAAAUAAUAACUAAAGAUGGUACAACAGGGGAGGCAAGUGGAGCGAUAGCAGAGAAAGCCGAGAAGAGUGGAAAGACAAGCAAAUCAACAACACCAAAGACAACCCCAAAGAACUCGCCAAAGAGUUCGCCAAAAAAAAAUUCCGAAGCAAACGCCAAUUCGGCCGGGGCUGGUCGUACUUCCAUAUCCAGUAGCUUGUUCGCGCGUGCAGGAGAAGAAUUGCCGAAAGUUUUGGCCGAUAAUUACUGGCAGCCUUUUAGACUCGCAUGUGGCAAUGCGAUGCCGGUCAAUAUUCGAGUGAUAGCUCUCGAUUGCUUGCAAAAAAUCAUCGCUCACGGAUUUCUUGUAGGCGACAACCCUAUAUCGUUGCCGAAAAGUGGACAGGUAAAGAAACGUGAAUCAAAAACGAAACACAUUAAUAACGGGUUUAGCGAAACGAACGACUUGUCUUUUGUUGAUACGACGUCAACUCCUUUCGAUAGCGUCGAGUCAUCUGAUGGGACCUCACCAACAAAUUCUCCACCAAACUUUCCAAAGCCAGUUCUGUUAAUAGAUGAUGUCGUACAUACGGUGUGCACUGGAUUUAUUGGACCACAAACGGAUCAGACCGUUCAGCUUCAAAUUUUAAAAGUGUUACUCACACUCGUCACCACAGAGCAAUGUCCAGUUCAUGGGGUCAGUUUACUCAAGAUCAUUCAGACUUGUUGUAAUAUUUAUUGUUUCUCAAAAAGUCAAGUGAAUCAGGCAACGGCGAAAGCCGAGUUGACUCAGAUUUCAAACUUCAUUGUGGCUCGAUUUGAAGAAUUUUCUUCGGAAUUGUCAAAAGGCGAAGCAUCAAAGAAACAACACAUCACUGGUAAAGAUUCAACACUCGCGAAAGGAAGAACAAGCAUUCAACUGACGACCCGAGAAGAUGGCAAUGGUGCCAUGGAAGAUGAUGACAAGGCAACAGUGAAAUUUAAUGGAAUCAAUGGCGUUAAUGGAGUUGACUCACAUUCACCAAGUUCAGUUGAUAACGGAGAUGCCUCUAAUGAUAAGUUUCAGGAUUCAGAUGAAAAUAACGCACGCCAAUCGCUCGAUUUGCAACUGUCUGAAAGUCAACCCUCAACGAUAUCUGUGAAAGGUGUUGUUGCUUCGGACGAAAUUCGGGAUGCAGACGAGGUUGACACCUCACCGGUUACUAAAAACAUUCAGAAUUCAAGCGAUAGCGACAAGAAUGCAUCGAAAAAUGUUGAAAAAGAUGGAAACGGUGAGAUAACCGAGGCAAUGAUUGAUCCGCAAGUUUCUAGUAUUGUAAGAUGCGAUGAUGAGGUGGAGGUUGUCUCUGAAAGUGAUAUUGCCGGGAAUGUGACUCCUGAAUUGGAUACUAUCACCAAUGUUCAUUUAUGUGAAACCAUUGAUCAAGGUACCACGCCCAAAACCGAUGAGGUAAUAGGAGACAUAUCUGCUACAUCUGAAAUCAUAAUGCGCGAGUUUUCCGAAAAUCAAGUUUCGACUCUAGAAGAAAAUUGUGUCAACGAUUUUAAUGUGAACGGAAUUAUAACUGACGGAGUAGAGACCUCUGAGAAAGAUGAUAACGAAAAUGGAGUCGAAACCCAAUUCGAUCAUGCCGAGAAUGAAGUCUCAACCAAAGUCGACCAUAAUGAAAGUGAAAUUUCGGCCAAAGUCGAUCAUACCGAGAAUGCAGUCUCGACAAAAGUCGAUCAUGCCGAUAACGAAAUCUCGACAAAAGUCAAUCAUGCCGAUGAUGGGGUUGCAACCAAAGUCGAUGAUCUUGAAAAUGGUGGCCCCGAAUCGACCGAACGCCCUGUAUCAUCGAACGGCGAAUCAUUAAAAGAUAAAUCAAAAAAGCCUAUUAGGCGUCGAAGAUCGUCUUUGGCGAACAUAAAGGAACUCACAAUCGCAAUACCUCCAAUUGGUAAGAAACGUAAAUCAUCACCAAAAAAGGCGCUCACCGGUCACGAAACCCUUAACAUCCUACGAAAAGAUCUUUACUUGGCUUUUCGACUAUUCUGUCGACUCUCCAUGUGUCCGGAAGAGGGUGACAGUUCCCAGAAUGAAGAAGUCGGUCUUCGCGGUCGAUCAUUAGUUUUAGAAUUGAUUCUCUCGAUACUAGAUAAUUCCGGACCUGUUUUUCAUUCAGAUGAAAUUUAUGUCGAAUUAAUCCGGCAAGCUCUUUGUGCAUCGUUAUCCAAGAAUGUAGUUUCCUCAAACGAGCCGAUAUUUGAACUGUCUCUUUCGAAUUUUCUCAUGUUGCUGCGUUAUUAUCGUGCGUCUCUGAAAACGGAAUUGGAGAUGUUUAGCGAAAUAUAUUUACGUUUUCUGGAUAUGAACAACGCCACCUAUCAUCAAAAGUGUUUGGUAUUGCAGGGAUUAAUGAAAAUCUGUCAAAAGCCUCAGAUUCUCUUGGACAUCUAUCUGAACUAUGACUGCGACAUUUCAAUGGUCAGCAUAUUCGAACGGAUUGUGACUUCGCUAUCCAAAAUUUCUCAACUACGCACAAAGACAUCUGGCAAAUCCGGUAGAGGAAACCUUAUAAUGGGUGGGAGCUCCGCCGGACUGGAAUUCAUACUUCUGCAAGAAAAGAUGUUGAAAUUGAAAGGUUUAAAGUGCCUUGUGGCCGUUGUCAAGUCUUUGAUUGAGUGGUGUAAAGAUCUGGAACGAAAAAAUGGUGUCGACUCCCAGUCACAACAAUUACCACGAAAUCCAACUCCAGAAAUAAUCGAAGACAAGACACCAAUAAUUUUCUCCAAGAAUCCUCUGCUGAGUAUCAACUUUUCGACACUCCAUCCUAAUUCGAGUGGCAGUAGUAUCGGCACAGUAGACAAUGAGGACAACCCUGCGCAAUAUCACGAGAUCAUGUCACGUAAGCAAACUUUUCGUGAAGGAAUCAAGUUGUUCAACUCAAAACCACAAAAGGGCUUAAGCUUUCUGAUACAACGCGGUUUCUUGAAAGGAGACACUGAUGGCGUAAUAACAUUUCUCGUGUCAACAUCCGGAUUGAAUAAAGCAGCCAUAGGAGAAUAUUUGGGUGAAGGUGAUCCUGAAGCUAUUAAAAUUAUGCAUGCAUUUGUCGAUCGCAUGGAUUUUUCAGGAUUGAGGUUUGUCGAUGCUUUGAGAACCUUUCUUCAAUCAUUCCGACUCCCGGGUGAGUCUCAGAAGAUUGAUCGCAUUAUGGAGAAAUUCGCCGAUCGUUAUUGUGAAACGAAUCAGGAAAUUUUUGCGAACGCCGACACCGCCUACAUUCUAGCCUUUUCGACCAUCAUCUUGAAUACCGACCAACAUUCCGCACAAGUCAAAAGGCGUAUGGACAGAUCCGAAUUCAUAAAAAGUAACCAGCGUAUAAAUAGCAACAACGACCUUUCUGAAGAGUUUUUAGGAGAGAUAUUCGAUGAUGUCGCAAAUAAUGAAAUCGUGAUGGAGGAAGAACAGUUUUCAGAAGUCGCGAAAACCGCAAUCAGUCAUGCCAACGAUCGUGAACGCCAAGAAUUGUACGAGCGAGAAAUCUCCCAGAUGCAAAGAAAAAGUCAAGCCCUCUUAAAAAGCAAUCGACAAGGACAAACCCCUGCUGUCUGGCGAAGCGCUUCGCACGCCGACCACGUGAAGCCCAUGUUCGCGGUGAUGUGUUGGCCGUUGAUGGCCACACUUAGCCUAGUUUUCGAGGAGGCGGAUAACCCCCUGUCGAAUAACAAUAGCGUCAACAAGAGUGUCGAAUUUGUUCAGGCAAAUCAAGAAUCGAUUGAACAAUGCCUUGACGGAUUUCUAGGUGCCAUUCGCAUAAGCAGCAUCUUUCGAAUGGACGUCGAACGUGACGCUUUCGUGUCUUCCUUGGCAAAAUUGACUGGAUUGAACCAUGUGGACGAAAUGAGAUCGAAACAUGUCGCAGCCAUAAGAACCCUAUUAUCCGUUGCCAAUUCUUAUGGUGAGGGGUUACAAUCGUCAUGGCACAUUGUUUUAAAGACAGUGUCAACCAUGGAGAGCUAUCAAUUACUUGACAGUUCCACGGGGUCGGUCGUUUAUUCCACCGAGGGUGUCAGCGGAUUAGAUUAUUCUCCGCAAAAUAGCCGUAACAAUAUAACGAGCACUGUUACCUCAUCAUCCAACCUACCCUCCACUCCAUCUCGUCAGAAUGUUAACACCACUCGUCGGAGUUCUCUCAGCGGCGUGAUGAAAGAAUUUCAAUCUCAGAGUACGAUAAUAGCAAUCGAUAGGAUUUUUACGAACAGCGUUAAACUAAGUGGCGACGCCAUUGUCCAUUUCUUCACCGCUCUUUGUGCCGUCUCUCUCGAGGAAGUUAACUCUUCGAGGUCCUCGCCCAGGAUGGAUAGCCUACGACGUAUUGUCGAAAUUGGCAAGUAA